GUCGCAGAGAGGCGGACGAAGGACUCUCUUGGAGAAGCACCUGCUGGCCCUGGCCCUGCUGCUGGGGGUGGCCUGUGUCGCUUUUCUCCUUCUGCUACUUCUGCGUCCUCCUCUAUCAGACACGUCAAGAAUAUGUCUGACGGAAGACUGUGUAAAGACUGGUGCGUCACUGCUGGCGGCGAUGGACCAAACGGCGGACCCCUGCACCGACUUCUUCCAGUUCGCGUGUGGAAUGUGGAAUAAGAAACACGUUAUACCUGAAGACCGCGCCUCUAUCAACACCUUCGAAGUGAUGGCUGACCAACUGCAGAAAAUCCUUAGAGGCUUGUUAGAGGAACCUGUCUCACCUGACGAAGGAGAAGCGACCAAGAAGGCCAAAUUGUUCUACUCUGCCUGUAUGAAUACCAGUGAGAUCGAGACUACGGGAGAUGCACCUGUAAUCGCGGUACUGAACUCUCUUGGUGGGUGGCCUGUGACAUCUCCUAACUGGACGCUGCCAGAUUUUUCGGUGGAGACCCUCAUAGGCAGGAUGCGGGGGCAGCUCAACCAAGGAGUGCUCAUCGACCAGUGGGUGGGGCCUGAUGACAAGAACUCCUCCGUCAACGUCAUACAG